UAGUGAGUAUCUACAGCAAAUACAACUGAAAGUUUUUAGUAUAAAAUAGCUCAGGAGCAUCAAGCAGACAUCAUUCAACUGGCAGCCAUGAAGACAAUCAUCUCAUUCACUCUAGUAGCCCUCGUAGCAGUUUGCUCUGGUCAAACCGCAAACUACUGCGAUUCUUCGCUGUGUCCACCCAAGACUACCCAUAUCGCAUGCAAUGGGCUUAAAACUAUUGACACUCAAGUCUGUGGCGCCGGAGCCUUCGAGGUGGCCAUGAACAGCACCAACCAAGAGCUGAUUCUACACGUGCAUAACCAGCUGCGUAGCAAGGUUGCCACGGGACAGCAAGCCAACCGCGCGGCCGCCAAGUUCAACCAGGCUUCCAGGAUGGGCACAUUGCAAUGGGAUGCCGAAUUGGCCAGCAUCGCUGCCGCUAAUGCUAGACGUUGUGUGUACGGGCAUGAUCAGUGUCGUAACACGGCCGUCUAUAAGAUGGCAGGUCAGAAUAUUGCCAUCAAGAUGUAUUACGGUAAGACCUUUACCGAUAAUCAGCUGAUUACUGGCUUCAUCAACGAUUGGUACAAUGAGGCUGAAAACGCGACGAUCGCCAUACUAGCAGGAUAUCCAAAGAGUUACACCGGACCCGCUAUCGGCCACUUCACCCAAAUUGUUUCGGAUCGCACCACCAAGGUGGGAUGUGCCAUGGUGAGCUUCAUCAGGAGCCCCUUCACUCAGAAGUACUUCGUGUGCAACUAUGGAUUCACCAACUUGCAGGAGUCGCCCGUUUAUGUUUCUGGAACUGCUUGCUCCAAGUGUACCUCUGGCUGCAACAGCAAGUAUCCGGGACUUUGUAACGUUGCUGAAAAUAUCAAAAAUGGUAUUUAAAAUGAUGUGGAUUAUUGAAUUAGAAUAAAAAUAAAAAUGAUGUUUUAGCUAGA